AUGAUGCUGAGUCCAGAACAAACUGAUUCAGAUCUACCGUGGAGCCAGAAAGACACUGAAACAAUGCUCAACGAUAUCAAGGCUUGCUGCAUCAGGGACGAGCCCAUGAAGGGAGAGGGCAAGACGAAGUCUCUGACUCUCAGCAGAGAGGAAAAGAGGAGGCGCAGGCGCGCCACCGCGAAAUACCGUUCAGCCCACGCCACCCGCGAGAGAAUCCGGGUCGAAGCCUUCAAUGUUGUCUUUGCCGAACUGAGGAAGCUGUUACCUACACUGCCCCCGACAAAAAAAUUCUGA